CCCGCGUUCUGCCAUGCGCCCACCGCGACCGCUUAAAACUCUAAAGCCCUCUCCCCUCCUUCACCCGUCCACAUGAUCCCGCGCUCGCUCUUGCCCAUCACCAGCAGCUAGCCGGAGCCUCCUAUCUCCGGCCCUUUCCCGGCCAGCGUCCGUCCUCGCGCGCCGCCAUGUCGUACAACAAGACCGCGUCCAUCACCGUGGAGACCAUAAACCCCAAGGUGAAGACUAUCAACUACGAGCUCCGUGGGGAGAUCGCUAGGCACGCAGAGAUGUUGCAGGAGGAGAUUGAGAAAAAUCCAGGCUCUCGUCCUUUCCCAGAGAUACUGUACUGCAAUCUUGGGAACCCCCAGGCUCUUGGCCAGCGACCGAUAUCUUUCUUUCGCGAGGUUCUUUCUCUGUGCGAUAAUCCAACACUCCUGCACCGAGAUGAAGCUCGUACAUUGUUCAGUCCAUGUGCCAUAAAUAGAGCGCGGAGGAUUAUCGAGUCAAUGCCUGGCAGGGACACUGGUUCAUAUACUGACAGUCAGGGCAUCAGAAGUUUUCGUGAAGCAGUUGCAAACGGCAUUGCUGCGAGAGAUGGUUUUCCAUCAAGGCCAGAAGAAAUUUUUCUUACAGACGGAGCGAGUUCAGCAAUUAAUUUGACUAUGCAGCUGCUCAUUAGGUCCGAUGAAGAUGCCAUUUUAUGCCCUUUACCUGAAUGUCCUUUAUACUCUUCUUCCAUAAUACUCCAUGGUGGAACGAUGGUACCAUAUAAUCUUAGUGAGGAUGGUGAUUGGGGCCUUGAGAUUUUCGAAGUAAAGAGGUGUUUGGAGGAGGCCCGUAUAUCCGGUUUGACUGUUCGAGCUAUGGUGAUCAUAAAUCCUGCAAAUCCUACUGGGCAGGUUCUGUCUAUGGCCAACCAGGAGGAGAUAGUGGAAUUUUGUCGGAAAGAAGGUUUGGUUCUACUUGCAGAUGAGGUAUACCAAGACAAUGUCUAUGUGGAGGAUAAGAAGUUCAAUUCUUUCAAGAAAGUUGCCAGAUCACUUGGAUACGACAAGAAUGACAUAUCUAUUGUAUCAUUUCAUUCGGCCUCGAUGGGGUACUAUGGAGAAUGUGGUAGGAGGGGAGGCUACAUGGAGAUAUGUGGUUUUGGUGAAGAUGUGCUGGGUGAGAUUUACAAGGUGGCUUCUGUGACCCUUUGCCCCAACAUUGGUGGCCAAAUUCUUACUAGCCUUGUUAUGGAUCCACCUAAGCUAGGGGAUGAAUCUUUUGAGACUUUCCUAGCUGAAAAGGACAACAUCCAUUCAUCUUUAGUCAAGCGCGCCAAGACCUUGGAGGAUGCAUUCAACAGCCUGGAGAGCAUGACCUGCAACAGGAUAGAAGGCGCAAUGUACCUCUUCCCACGGAUCCAGCUCCCUUCAGCAGCGAUCAAAGCCGCCAAUGCCGAGGGUGUUUCCCCGGACACAUUCUACGCGUGCCGCCUCCUAGACGCCACCGGGAUCCUCGUCGUCCCCGGUUCUGCAUUCCACCAAGUCUCCGGGCGCGACAGGGCCUCCGGGACAUGUCAUAUCCGGUGCACCGUCCUGCCCAGCGAGGAAAAGAUCAAGGCGAUGAUCCCGCGGCUCAGGGACUUCCAUGAGUCCUUCAUGGACGAGUUCCGCGACCGAUCCUGAUCCAGUCCUUCCCGAUGCAGAUAUGUGCACCACAGCUCUAAACUCUGGCCAUGGUGUUUGCUUCCCUGUAAUUUAAGCUCGUUGUGUUGUAAUAAAUCAAACUUUUUUACUCAGCCAACACUCUGUACCAAACUGGUACUCGGUAUAUGGUUUCGUGCUCUCUA